AUGAGUGAUUUAGCCAACGUUUACAAUCUGCUGCGUACAAAGUACCAAGAUAAUGCGUUCAGUAUGCGCUACCCGCCGACUUACAUUCGUGAGUUAACGGAGCGCAACGAUAAAAUCGUCUUUGCUUUCAUUGAGCAUAAUGCUCCGAUUAAGAAAGAACGUGACUCGUCCCUAAGCCCUCCCAAAACCACCGACCGCAGUAUGUCCGAUGAUCUGGAUUUAACGGGCUCACCACUAAAAGAUGAUGUUAUUCUCGAUGAGCUUGAACUCACGGAAGAUGGGGUGCGUCAACUUAAAAUCUGGACUCCCGAAGAAGAAACCCUCGGCCCACUGAGCACAGAGUCGGCGCGUGCAUUGUUCCAGUGUUUUAUAAAUCUUGACUGUCGCAUUGGAUCCGGAGAACUGUGGGCCCUCUGUGCUGGCAACGACAUGGAUCGGACUGUCCUGCUGCAGCUCACUGUCUACCCGGGCGAUGCGCGAAACGAUCGAAAGUUUGGUCGCGGUGUGGUUCGCUUUGCCGGUCAACAUCCUUGCAGCAGUGUGACGAUGGCGCAACUUCGAAGCGUUCAUCGACAGCGCGCCGCGGGCAUGACACAUAUACCGAAAAUUUACAUCCGCCAGUGGUACAACCUAUACCCUCAUCUCUCGGUACGGCUCAGCUGGCACACGCUGAACGAGACCGCUACGUUUACAGCGGAAAGCAAAGCGCAGGUUCGCAUCAGCCAACGGCUAUCGGUUAAUAACGGUGAGUUUGGCAAAUCUACAUGCUCGACCGGUUACCUCGUCGGCCAGCUACAACUGUUGUCGCUGCUAAGUGAGAAAAUUGUGGACAUUCGCGCUAAUCGCGUUUCCGGUUAUGAACUGUAUGGCUUGAACACAACUUCAGAAACGCUCGAUUUCGUCAAGGAUAAGAUCAACAGCAUUCUGUGCAAGUUUCAGGCGGUUGAAUUGCCGUGCUUUACAUUCAGCACCAUCGCAAAAAUGGUCGAGCAGGUUCGCGAGCGUAAUCUAACCGACGUGAUGGAACGCCUUUACGAUGUAGUGAUUUUAUGUCUGAACUACGACGAUUUGAAAGCUUGCAUCGAUUACAUCUUUCAAUUAUCUGCUCACGCAAACAUUGUGAACAUACCAUCAACCGGCACUCGCUUCGCUCAGCUCAUACAAGCGAUGAUACAAGACCGGCUGGACGUUCCCACGCUGGCCUUAUCCGAACCGUACGAGCUGCUUCUGGAGGUCGGCUUUUCCAAGCUAAUGCACGACUAUCAGCUGAUAUUCGCGGAAUGUGGGUUUUACGAACUGGAGUUUGAAACCCUCUUCCAACCGCAGCUGACAAACGCUCGCAAAUCCCGCUACGCAGCGGACUCCGUCGGUCGGUCGGACAAAAGCCUCGGAUGUCCCAGGGCCGGUCGCACUGGCCUUGGACUGCUGCCACAGCCGGGAGAAAUGUUGGGAGUACGCGAAAAGUCGAUCCCGGUGCGCCAUUUCGACGAGGACGAAGUGCGCGCCAAGCUAAACCGAUUAGCACAGGUGCACCUGCUGAUAGAACAUUUGCUGUCGCUCGAAGAAUUUGUUAACAUUCCAUCGAUUUAUGGGCGUGCCUGCGAAGUCUAUCUGGCCCAGCGUCCCCUGAGCUACAGUCAGGUAUACCACCGGGAAAGCGACCUUCUCGAGCUGGACGUUAACGAAGGGAAGCUAAUCAGCCUUACCAAGAAUCUAUUGCCAUGUGCAAGACGUGUAACGAUGUCCUCGGCCAAUGUGGUUCAGAAGCUAGAGACCGUAUUUUAUCAGAAUUCGCAACCGAUCUUUCCGGACCGGUUUUUCCCACAGUUUAAGCAGCAAGAAGACACAACAGAAGAGCAGAUGUUCUGGUGCCUCGAAUAUGAUAGAAUAGAGCGUCUGUAA